ACAAGGAAAUCUCGCGAUAUCUCACAUGGAGUAGUUCCCGCGUGUGUUUGUGUAACAUGUUAGGAAAUGCAUUGAAUGCCCUUUAACGCAAUGACAGACCUGCACCCAUGGCGGGACUCCUAAAGGUAACUCCGGAGACUGAUUUGAUAGUGUUGGUUUUAUAGCUGCUGGUUAUUCUAGAGUUCGUUUUUACACGUGUGUUGCUACCGGCUAACAUUAGCUGUCGUAGCUCCGCCUGAAUCUAAACCAGGAAACACUUGAGAGUUAGCUUUGCCGGGUCUGUUUGCAUACAUGAUCACAGAGAGACACACGUUUUGGUUGUUUUUGUCACCAGCUUUCCCUCUCUGUUAAAUUGGGACGAUUUAAGUAAGAAAAUGGAACAGAAACAGCUGAUCAGGUCAUAUAUAUCUGCAGAAUUUUCAGUAAGAACACAGAGAUGAAGGAAACAAAACCACAAUGAUCUGUACUGUCAUGUGUGUGCACACAUUCAGAGCUUCACACUGCUAUUAAAACCAUCUGUAUACAGUUUAUGUUUAAGAGCUUUCACAUCAUACCUAAUUCUUUGUUAUUGGACCUUUAGCUUUAUUGGUGUUGUUUAAGUCAAUCACUCAUGGAGGGGAGAGUGGGGUAAGUUGAGCCACCCCCUGUUGCUUGGAAAUGGUGAAAUAAAAUUGAUCAUGUGACCAAAUAUUUAGGAGAUGGACAUCGAUUCAUGGAGUCUGUGAAGGUUAGAAGCACUUGGGUGAAGAGGUUAGACAUUCACCUCCAAAACAAAUUUUUUUACUCUUGAAAGUGAAUUUAGUCUGUCAUAAGUUUUAUUAGAAUUGUGUUCGGACCAAAAAAGAUCAUUUUAAAUUUGUUUUACACAUCAGUUGUGGUAUCUAUGAGCUACAACAUCAGUUCAAAAACCUAGCAUAAAAGUCCACCAUUUUAGCUUACAGGACUAAUAAAGUCAUAGUAGUAGUUCUGGGGUAAGUUGAUCUAGUGGUUCAACUGAGAAAGUAAAGAAGUCUGAUGAGAAGAUCAGAGUUUCAGUUCAGAUUGUUGAAAUGUUUUACUUUUUCUUUUCAGAAAUACAGCUGUGAAUGUUCUGAAUCACUAAAUGUUAAAAUGACUUUUUACAAAACAGAUUUUUUUAGCUGUUAUAUGCAAUAAUAAUAAAAAGAGUUAUUGUACCAGUUGAAUAGUGUAUAAUAGAUAGAAAUACACAUGAAUGUAAAGAAGUGACUGUUAUUUAGGGAGAGAGAAGGUGAGGGAGGGCUGGGGUGGAAAGUGGAGGGGUAGCAGGGAUACGGCUCAACUUACCCCGCUCCUAUGGUCAACUUACCCCAUACACGGGGUAAGUUGACCAUAGGAGACCACUUAUACACCCAUUCUGUUUGUUUGCAGGGAUGCACAUCUUGAAAUAUAUGCAGAUACACUAGUUACCGACAAAACUAUGAUUGCCUUGGCUCAUAUUACCCCACUCUCCCCUACUGUAUAACUUUUUUCAUUAUAUAGUGCUUUUAUCCACAAGAAGAUAUCUCAUAAAAAGUGAUGAAAGUGAAAAUGCUAUGUAUAUGAAGCUCACAGACAGGAAGAAUUUAGUUCACAAAGAGUUCAUAGGGAUAGUCUGUCAGGUAAAACAAUAUUCAAUAACCUAUAGAAACUAUUAGACUGUUUAAUGGUGUUCCUCUCUCCGCUUGGCGCCUCACUGUUACAGAGUUAUGGGAUGUCAAUUUGACUGAGUGAAGUUUACACAUUAACAGAGCCAAAAUGAGGAUAAUCUUUCAUUUCACUUGGAAGCAAGUGGCCGACACAUUAUUCCAAUGAAUAACAAGUUUACUCUACUAUUGCUAGAUUUGCAAAGAUGCAGGUCUUAUGCUUAAAUUCACACUGUCACUGCUUUUAGUGAACAACAACAGUUCUGUCCUUUUAAAGGUUUUGAUGUUUUCUCUUGUGUGUGUGUUCACAGAAGCAGCUCAAAGAAGCUGUGAAGAUCAUCAGCUCAGGUAGCCUUCUGUUUGCUUCCUACCUCACUGUGGUCGGUGAUGAACGUUUCUAUGCCAACCAGCUGAUGCCCCUGCUGCAGAGGAUUGUGGGAGCAGAGACAGCACAUGUGUUAGCAGUGAAGGUGAUUAGUUUAGGUCUGGUUCCUCUGAACCGCUACCAGGACCCAGCAUCAUUGGUAAGCAAUACUUUUAAUUACAUUUUGCUAAGUUACAUUUGAUCAUAGAUUGUAGACACAAAGGCUGUGCAUGUCGAGAACAAUCACUGUGAUGUUUACAAUAUCAGUACCCUCACUUAUGAAUGUCAGCAUUCAUGACAAUGUAGCAGAUGGCACCAAAAGGGUUUGCCAGUACUGCAGCUUUGAAAAGGGGAUAUUAUUGAUAUUUACAACUCUCUAUUACAAUAACUGGUUUUAAAGAUUCCUACUGUGGUUUUGGUAAACCAGUUCGAAAGUAUAAGAUUGUCAAACUGUCCUUAAGUUUGUUCAGUUUUAUGCAUUCUGUCAUCAACAUCAGUUUAAAAGUAUAUCUGAGUUAAAAUGACUGCCAAGAGAAAGAUUGAGGUAGUAAAAAAAUAAAGUCUUGUUUCGGCGAUCAGUGUUUCACCUGUUUUUCUAAGCACUUUUGGAAUCUUUUGCUUUAUUUUUUACCAUUGAUAUUAUGUUUAUAGUAAGUACUGUUUAUAGGUGACACUGAAGUGCCCCUCCUUCUGUUUUUUGUCUUCAUAGGAAAUAAACGUCCUGGGCUUAAAGUUCAAAAACCCCAUCGGCAUUGCAGCAGGUUUUGAUAAGCAUGGAGAGGCUGUAGAUGGGCUGUAUAAAGUUGGUUUUGGCUUUGUGGAAGUAGGUACAAUCACACCCAAACCUCAGGAGGGAAACCCCAAACCGCGUGUGUUCAGACUUCCUACAGAUCAUGCAAUUAUAAACAGGUAAGUUUUAUGCUACUUCUUCCUUUAAAUAGAAUGUAAAGAUGCAGGGUUGGUAGUAUGGUUAGUUUGUCAAAUAUUCAUACUUAUUGUUGUUUUCGUAUCGACUUGUCUGGUGCUGUAUUUUUAAUAAAAUUUUUAACUUCAGUUCCUAUUAGACCACAUCUGAGCAAAAUAGUGAAUUCAAGAAGUCUGUUGAUAAUGAAAUCAGCGCUGCAAUGAAUGUUAAUACAUGAAAGUUGUUAUGAUCAGAUUUUGUGAACUGCUUUUGAUCUCACAGGUCCUAAAUUUUCAUGAUUCUUGAACGAAUCAAAAACCAUAUCUCAAUGAAAGAAAGCCACAGAUGUUUCAUUUAGAGCAGAGUACAAAGUGGUUGGUUGGUUGGUGACUGUGUAAUGUUGUUUUUCAUAUUGCUCUGCAUGUACAUGGAUUACACUGCCCACAUAUUUGCUGCCACAGGCUUUUCCUUUAUCAAGCUGUGAAUAUGAGCUUAUGGUUUUACCUAUUGUUUCUUCCCAGCUUUGAAUAAAUUGAAUCAAAAGAAACCAAUAUAUUCCUGGCAUCUUCCUUUCUUUAUUCAAAGAGUAAAUAUUAGUCACUCUGCAUGUUGAUCUUGGAAAAAGAUGAGUGAAGAUGUCAUUGGAACAUUACAUGUAUUAGAUUAUGGUAUAAUAGCUCUUCUUUAGGAGCUUGAGUUACAAAAUGGUGAUGGUGUUUUUUAAUUGUUUUCUAAAUAAGUAAAUCUUCCGUGAUUGUAACUGAUUUUUAGUUGAUAUUUCCAUCAGUAUUGAUCCGUUUCUGUGUCUGGUUCUUGUCAGAUAUGGUUUCAAUAGCUGUGGUUUGGCAGACGCACAGCAGAGGCUGACGGCCAGAAUAGACGCACAGAAACAACACAGUAAUGGUAAGAAGGCACUUUUUAUAUGUUCUGAAAUUCUCAGUAAGACUAAAUACCUGUCUCCUGUUUUUUUAUCCUGUUUUGUAUUGGCUACUGUUUUCUUUAUCGUUGAAGCCAAAUUAAAUGGUUAAAUGUGUUGCUGUUGUAGAACCUUGACCUGUCCUUGUCUGGUGUGUUGUUUUGUCCACUCACACCUGCUUAAGGCCCAUUCAACAUACAAGCAGGCUAGACUCCAGUUGAGUCAUGUGUCUGAUAAAACAGCCAGUGUUUGUGCCUACCUGAACUUUUCCUAUUUGGGUAUCUUUGUGCUCUCAUACCUGCAUCUCUCUGUGUUUAUAGCCGGCCUUCCCUUGGGCAUCAACCUUGGGAAGAACAAGCUUUCCCAGGAUGCAGGGGCGGAUUACUUGGAGGGAGUGAGAGUGCUGGGCCCACUGGCUGACUACCUGGUGGUCAAUGUCAGCAGUCCUAAUACACCUGGGCUAAGGAAUCUACAGGGGAAGGCUGAGCUCCGCCAGCUCCUACUCACGGUACGACUGUUUUUCAUAUCACUGAGCUGGAACCAGAGAAUGACAAAAAACAAUCAAAAUAAAUCAUCAAUUUGUUUCCAAGAUUUUGUGAAUUUUAAGGGAAAUGAAGUCUUGAGCAAUCCAAAGACAUGUAUCUUUUCAAAGGCUGAUUUAUGUCAUUGUCACUUUUUUGUUCUCAUCUAGAGAAAAAGUUUUUAAAAAGUAGUACAGACAUGGUUUAAAAAAUUGAACAACUAAUGACAGAAAGUGUGUUGAAAGCUCACUUUUUGUUCUGAAGAAUCUCAAAUGUAGAAUUGAAUAAUUUGAAUAUAAGUGGAAAUUCAAGAGGAGCAAUACUUUGGAGAUAUUUCAAUUCCCAAAACAAACCAAAAGGACCCAUGAAGUGAUGGGAUCUGAUUUUAGGGCUUUGGAUUAAAUUUUAAUGAAAUGUUAUUCCCAUCCUGAGGUUCAUUUCAGUUGAUGUGGUUCAUGAAUAGAAUUACAGUUUUUUGUUUUGGCUUUACAGAUAUCCAUGUUGGUUUAGAACGGUAGCUAAUCAGUGCACUGUCACUCUGUCUGAUCAUAAUCCGUUCAGGUGUUGAAGGAGCGUGAUGCCCUGCAGGGAAGAUACAAACCUCCAGUGUUGGUGAAGAUAGCUCCUGAUCUCACAACACAAGACAAACAGGACAUUGCUGAUGUUGUCACUGAGGUUGGUUAUUUGUUGGAGGCACUUGGUUGUUCAGCCUUUUGUUUUCUAGUUUGUUUUUGAUUGCCAUUUCUUCUUCCUUUAAACCACAGGCACAUCAGAUCUAAUCAGCUUUUGUCUCAGAGGAAUUAACGCUGAAAAUCAAAUUUCAUAUCUUCACGAUGUAGCUAAAAAGAAAAUGCUUGCUUAGAUGGCCCUUUCUGUUUUUAUAGAACUGAACUGAAUAGAAAGAGAUCUGUGUACUAAAUGGCUCUGUAGUUCUUUAAACCUUUUCUCAGGAGAACAUUUAAACACAAACAUUUCACAGAGGCUCAGGCACAUGUCCUUUCCUCAGCGAUGUGACGUUCUCCUAUGCAAAUCGCACACACCCCUCACGAAGGUGCAGCCACCAUCUUGUUUAUACAUCACUUGUGAAAACAAAGUCACUGGCUGCCUUGAGGGCAAAAAGGGUUUAAUUAUUAUAGUUCUUUAACAUUAUAAAAGUAAGUAUUAGACACUCAAAAGAGCUGAUAAUAAAGUCAUUGAAUAACGAAGUUAAUAAUAAAAUAAUGCAUCCGAUUUUUAUAGCGCUUUAUCAGAGACGCUCAAAGCGCUUUACAUUGGAUACAUCAUUCAUUGGCUCACACAGUCACACCCUGGUGGUGGUUAAACUACCUUAGAAGUCACUGACAGAAACGUCGCUGCCAGUUUGCAUCUACGGCCUCUCUGACCACUACCACACAACACUCACAAUCAUACACCAGCGGAGGACACACACUGGGAGCAAGGUGGGUUAAGUGUCUUGCCCAAGCACACAACAGACAGACUAGGGAUAUGGGGGGAAUUGAACCGCCAACCUUCCAGUUAUUAGACAACUGCUCUACCUCCUGAGCUACCAUGAAUGGCAGUAGCAAGUUGCAUAAACACAGAAACUUAAAGUCUUUUGACUAGAGUUAAUAAAAGCUAUUCAGCCAGAAUGGAUUCAUAAGAAGCAAGUGAUUUUUUCCUCCUUCUUUUUUUAAACACCAGAGUGCUGUUUUGGUGUUCAUUGAAGCACAAAGAGACAAACCUUAAUGGAAGAGACAUUAAGAAAAGACAACAAAGCACAAUUUAAACAACACUCUGUUCCUCACGGUACAUUUAACGCUGGAGGUCUGUGAAAGUCACUCAGUGUUUACUCUUCGUCACACUGACUUCCUGUCCUCUCUCCUUGAUUUAUGCUCUGUGUUUGCAGCUGGGAGUGGAUGGUUUGAUGGUGACAAACACCACAGUGUCCCGACCUGAAACGCUCCAGGAUCCAAACAAGUCCGAGGUUGGUGGUCUCAGUGGCCAGCCGCUCAAAGACCUCUCUACCAGCACAGUGAGGGAGAUGUACAACCUCACUAAAGGUACACAUUUACAUUUUAGGACACUGUGCUUAUGACAUUUAAAAAUAUGUAUGAAACACUAAAAAAUGUUGUUGUAGGUAAAGUGCCAAUUGUUGGAAUUGGUGGUGUGGCCAGUGGACAGGAUGCUUUGGAUAAGAUCCGUGCAGGAGCGUCAUUGGUUCAGCUCUACACAGCUUUGACUUACCAGGGUCCACCUGUGGUGACAAAGAUAAAGCGAGAACUAGAACAACUUCUUAAGUGAGUAUGUUUUUGAGGAAGUUCAGGGUUGAAAUCUUUUUGAAUAACUAGGGUUCAUCCCUGCUAUGUUAUAGCAGUGAUGAUAUUAUUGGGGAUAAAUGUAGAUGUAAAUGUUCUUUAUUUAUACAGCCCUUUACAACAACCCUUUCGGUGAACCAAAGUGCUUUACAAUAGAGAAUAAAAAUGUAUAAAUAAAAACAAUAAAAGCAAUAAAACAAGAACAUUUCACUUUCAAAGCAAACCGUUUAAAUCCAGGAAUGUAGCUCUAAAUAACCCGCAGUUAAAGAAACGCCAUCAUUUUAGUUCAACUUGUCAUAAAUUGGACAUGUGCUCAAAAGUGUUGUAAGAGUUCUAGCAUUAGUUUCAUGUAGAUAAUGUCAUUAUUAUUUAACUCCAAUACAGACAUCUAUCUUUUUGUUUUUUAAACAGGGAACAAGGCUUCAACAGCGUCUCAGAGGCAGUGGGAGCAGAUCACAGAGGAGCUGAUAUUUCCUCUCAUAAACCUAUCUUAGUGAAAAAGAUGAUUAAUGUUGACACAGACUCAGCACCUGUAGCUGCCAUCCCCACAAACCAGGCCACAUGAUUCAGUACUCUGACUGCACUGCGAUAUUAACCGUCCAUUGAUUUCAAAGGUGAGCAGAAGUGGAGUUUAGUUUUAUCUGGACUGGCUGUCGUUGGAAUCGUGUUUCUAUUAUCUGUGGUGAGAAGUGCAAUCGCUGAAUGCAAAAAUACCAGCUCUGUCCUUGAACUUUCUGGGGAAGUUAUUUUUUCUUUAAUGUGCUGUUAACGACAAACGGCACCACACCAAAGUGCUCCAACUCUACGAACAAGCCUGAUAAAACCUUUUUUAAAUUACACUUUCUGGUGGUCAAAGGAUAUAAUCUCAAAUGAUUUCAUUGUCAAAAAUAUAAUUUCACUGUUAAAAAUAUGCUGGCAACUUUGAUGUUAUUCUUUGCUUUUCUGAAGGUGAAUACUAUUACUCACAAAUGAACACUAGAAAAAUUGAUGGCAACAACCUGUGAUCCCUCUUAGUCAUCACAUUGCUCAAUGAAAGUUCACUCUUUAAGGUUGCAUGAUAUCCUUGAAAUAAUAAAAUUAUGAUAGUGUAACAAUUUAAAAAUGUCUGCAAGGAUUUUGUUUGCCUUGAGAAAGCUGCUUGGUGUGUCUUCAAUAUUCUGCAAAUGAAAGGUAUUUAUUUUAAUGUAAGGGACGCACAAGUGGAAUCUUGUCUGAUUUAAAGCAGAAUAAUGUAUUUUUUAUGGUGAGUUUCAAGACUUCUGUCAGUAUAUUUCAACCUGCUCUAAGAAAAGAAACAUUAAAAAAUGAAGAGAGAAUCAGCUGUGUUGUUCCUGUGGCCUGGA